AUGAGAAGAAACUUCACUUCGGUGAGUGAGUUCGUUCUCCUGGGACUGGCCAGUCGCCUGGAAUUGCAGAUUCUCUUCUUCCUGCUGUUUCUGGCAGUUUACGUGGUCACAGUGGCAGGGAAUCUGGGCAUGAUUCUGCUCAUUCGGGUCAGUGUCCGGCUCCACACGCCCAUGUACUUUUUCCUGAGUCACUUAUCCUUUGUGGAUCUGUGCUUCUCCACCAAUGUGACUCCUAAGAUGCUGGAGACCUUCCUGUCAGAGAAGAAAACCAUUUCCUACCCUGCAUGCCUGGUGCAGUGUUACUUUUUUAUUGCCUUGGUCCAUGUUGAGGUCUAUGUCCUGGCUGUGAUGGCCUUUGACAGGUACAUGGCCAUCUGCAACCCUCUACUUUAUGGCAGCAAAAUGUCCAAGAGUGUGUGCUCAUCCCUCAUCACAACCCCCGUCAAAGGAAUCUGUGGAACAAGGAAGCAGAAAGAGAAAACUGCAAUACCAGAAACAGUGCAAGACAGUGAGAAGGAUGACAGAGAAACAGUGACAGCAGAACCAGGAGACUGGCAUGAGAUAGCAUGGUGGGCUUCUGGCCCACGAAGCAAGGUGAUCACAGUGGAUGGGUUAUGUAGAGGUUUUAUUACUUUGCAAAGUAUAGAGAGACUUUAUAAUUUUGCCAUCAAUCUUCAAAUUAAGUGCAAUAGUUAUAACAAAAAGCCUCUUAAUGAAAAAAUCAUUUUGUGA